AUGGCUUGCAAGGUUUCCGGGGGCAGCUUGGAUGCUUGGCCUCGCAUGGUGGAGGGUCUCUCCGAGGGAUCGGUGCCCGCGACGGAGGAGGAGGUCGACCCGGAAACGGCUCCCAUCACUGUGCACCUGCUCCAUGCAUCUGGUCGGUCGCUGCCUAUGUCCGUGGACGCCAAGAACACCAUCAAGGAAGUCAAGAGGCUGAUCCGAGAGGUCUACAAGCGGGAAGGGCCCCCUCCAGGCUAUUCGGAAGGAUCGCUGUUGAAGCUCGUUCGUGGCACGGACGAAGUGGAAGAUGAUGGGCGAAGUGUCGGUGAACAUGGCAUCGAGGACGGUGACACGCUGACGAUCAUCCUGCAAGAGUCACGCUGGCAGUCUCUCGCCUCUAACGUGCGGAUCUCCGAACUGGAGCCUGUGAAAGAGGAUCUGAGAAUCCGCCGGAUUUCGGUAUGGAUCGGCUACACCGACAUCGAUCAAGACACGCGCUACACCUGGAGCGACAGCACCCAGGACGACUUCACCAAUUUCGCGAAGAAUUGCAGCGGUCGUGAAAGCGAGGCAGGCUGCACCCAGCCCGAGGUGCAGCAGCAGUGGUAUCAGAGCAGUGGCGUCGAGAAGAGUCCUUUUGUUUGCAAGAAGAAUGCCCAGCUACCUGUGUCACUGCAGCUGAACACGACCGCAGAAAGUCUCCUCCGCAUCGCCUGGCCGGAGAGCAUUCCUCCCACGUUAAAGCGGACAGAGGAGCUGCGUCUUCGAAUUCAGGCCACCGUUUUGCCCGAUCGCUGCACGGUGUCCAACACCCAGCGUCCGCUUCUGCCACGGAUGCCCCGGGCAUCUGUGUGA